GCUCGAGGGGGCAUGGCUUGGCCCCGCCCGCGCGUGUACGUGCAUGGCGUGCCCGCCUGCGCUGCGGCCCCCGCCCUGCUCGACCGCCUGCCCGGUGACGGUGGGCGGCUGCUGCGGCCCGACGACCAGGCCAACGCCCUGUACGUGCGCAAGAUCGCCGCGCAGUUGCGCCCGUUGCACCGGCAGCUGGUGCGCGGCCGCUCGCGCGCCUUCUCGCUCACUGGGGACCCAGAGGAGGCUGACCUGUUCUACAUACCUGCCUUCUUCUCCAUCCUGUUUUGGCUUGGCACCGCGGAUGCCUUGAGCUGCGUGGCGAAGACGGUGCGCUCGUUGCAGGCGCACCCCUAUUUCACUCGGCGUAGCGGCCGCGACCAUUUUGUUAUCUACGGCGCCGAGUUUCCCCACUACAGAGACGAGCCCCAGUUUGGGCUCGAGCACUACGAGGCGACGGCGUCCAGAUGGGUCAUACUCACCGUCGCGUGCCCGCGGCCGUGCGGCGCGCAGCUAGACGCGUGGUCUGCCCGGGGGCGCUUCGUGGUGGUGCCCCACGCGUCCCGGCUGCGCUGCCGCCCGGGCGGCGGCGCCGGCGGACGGCAGCGCCGCUUCCUGCUCGGUUUCGUCGGCUCCCGCGGCGCCGCCGGGCGCUAUCCCGAGCGCGAGGCGUUCUUCGGGGCCACCUGCGCCGGGCCGCGCUGGCUGCGGACCGAGGACGGCCUGUGGCACAGGUCCCGCCCGUGGACCGCGCGGCACUGGGUCCUCGACGGCAACACACCCUCGUGGACGCCUUCCUGCUUUCGGCGGAGGCCUUCGCCGAGCUGUGCCCGCCGCCGGCGCGGCGGCGCGGCGCGGGCGGGCGGCCCGCGGUCAACUUCUGGUGGGUGGAGGCCGAGUGGCGCUGGAGGCUGCUUCCAGAGGCGGACGGCCCUGGGGGCGUGGAUGCGGACUUCUUCGAAGAAUGAACAGUUCCCCGCGCCGUACUACGGCUUCUCGGAAGGAGAGCUUGGCGAUAAGGUCAUGGCACUGCGUGACAGCGAGGACCAGAGGACCCACCUCGUGCCGGGCGGCUUCCGUGCAGAGCGACGCUUGCAGCCGCAGUUCAACUCCUUGCUGCUGGACUUCGACUCGGUCUACGAGCACUCGGAGGUGUGCCUGGUGGUGCCAGGCGAUACCUCGGACUGUGCCAAGCGGCUGUGGGACGCCAUGCUGCGCGGCUGCCUGCCAGCCUUCGUAUCAGAGGGUCAACCAGGUCACUGGCCGGUGCUGCCGUUCGCAGACAGGGUGGACUGGGCGUCGUUUGGCCUCUUCUUCCACGAAGUGAACUCGACGAGCGCGGCGCAGCGUGUUCUCGGGGAGCUGCUCCAGGUCCCAGAGGACGAGUUCGACCGCCGCCGCGAUGCCAUGCGCGGUUGGCUGCCGCAGGUGGCGCUGGAGCGCCGCGGCGUCUGCGGCCGGUCGCCCCCGGGCGCGCCGAACCGCUCCAGGGGGCCGCCUCCGACGGCGCUCGAGCUGGCGCUGGAGGAGAGGCCGCCAGCAGAGCGGUGCGCGUUGGCGCGAAUGGCGACCGUGUGAAAUCCCCGACGUCGCAGCCCGCCGCUCCAGAAGCUCUGGCGGCCAGCGCACAGAGGGAAUCACCCGCUUGCGAAAACCAGAGUCACGACAACUCGUGAG